CUGUCAGUGCUGCCCCGCCCUCCCCGCGGAGUCUGGCGGCUGCCGCGGCUGCCGUUGGCUCCUCUGGCCAUUUUGCUGUGGAGCGGCGAGAGGGGAGGAGGCGGAGGCGAGAGCUGGGGAGGAAGAGAGCCCUGCAGCCGGCGUCGGCAGAGGAGGCUGCGGGCUGGGCUGGGCUAGGCUGGGUUGGGCUGGGGGCGGCCCGGUUGGACGACGAGAAACGGGGCUUCGGGCGUUUGGAGUCGCCCGCUUUGGAGACGCGGAGCUAGAGCUGAGGGAGAGCGGGAGAAGAGGGGAGGGGGGCGGCGGCGGCGGCGGCCUUGGACUGGGGGCUGAGCACCGGAGCUGGACGCGGAUCUCCCCUCCCCGCCCCCUGCACCAUGAGCUGGGGCACAGAGCUGUGGGAUCAAUUCGACAACUUAGAAAAACACACACAGUGGGGAAUUGAUAUUCUAGAGAAAUACAUCAAAUUUGUCAAGGAACGGACAGAGAUUGAAAUCAGCUAUGCAAAACAACUUAGGAAUCUGUCAAAGAAAUAUCAACCCAAAAAGAAUUCAAAGGAAGAGGAAGAAUACAAGUAUACAUCAUGUAAAGCUUUCAUUUCCACUUUGAAUGAAAUGAAUGAUUAUGCAGGGCAACAUGAAGUUAUUUCAGAGAACAUGACCUCACAGAUUACUGUGGAGUUAACUCGAUAUGUACAGGAACUAAAGCAGGAAAGGAAAUCGCAUUUCCAUGAUGGUCGGAAGGCACAACAACACAUUGAAACUUGCUGGAAACAACUUGAAUCAAGUAAACGAAGAUUUGAGAGAGAUUGCAAAGAAGCUGACAGAGCACAACAGUAUUUUGAAAAAAUGGAUGCUGACAUUAAUGUUACAAAAGCAGAUGUUGAAAAGGCACGGCAACAAGCUCAAUUACGGCAUCAAAUGGCAGAAGAUAGCAAGGCAGAUUACUCAUCCACUCUUCAGAAGUUCAACCAUGAACAGCAUGAACAUUAUUAUACUCACAUACCAAGCAUCUUUCAGAAAAUACAAGAGAUGGAGGAGAGGAGGAUAGUCAGAAUUGGUGAAUCAAUGAAAACUUAUGCUGAGGUGGAUCGCCAAGUGAUACCAAUCAUUGGGAAAUGUCUGGAUGGAAUAGCAAAAGCAGCUGAAUCUAUUGAUCAGAAAAAUGAUUCACAAUUGGUAAUAGAAGCCUACAAAUCGGGGUUUGAACCUCCUGGAGACAUUGAAUUUGAGGAUUACACGCAGCCAAUGAAGCGUACUAUAUCUGAAACUAGUCUUUCGAAUUCCAGAGGGGACAGCAAAACAGAGCUCAAAUUUGCUAGCAAGUCCAAGGGAAAACUGUGGCCCUUCAUCAAAAAAAAUAAGCUUAUGUCCCUUUUAACAUCCCCCCAUCAGCCCCCCCCUCCUCCCCCUGCCUCUGCCUCACCCUCUGCUGUUCCCAACGGCCCCCAGUCUCCCAAGCAGCAAAAGGAGCCCCUCUCCCAUCGCUUCAACGAGUUCAUGACCUCCAAACCCAAAAUCCACUGCUUCAGGAGUCUAAAGCGUGGGACUCAGUCUUUCUCUUUUCACAAAGAACUUAUGAAGAGGACUAUAGGGAAACCUACCUAUGCCAUUGAGGCUAGGGAAUAUGUUCUUUCUCUCAAGCUGGGUGCAGGACCAGAGGACUUCAGCAACCUUCCACCAGAACAAAGAAGAAAAAAGCUGCAGCAGAAAGUUGAUGAAUUAAAUAAAGAAAUCCAAAAGGAGAUGGAUCAAAGAGAUGCCAUAACAAAAAUGAAAGAUGUCUACAUAAAGAAUCCACAAAUGGGAGAUCCGGGCAGCUUGGAUCACAAGUUAACAGAAGUUGGGCAAAAUAUUGAAAAACUCCGACUAGAGGUCCAGAAAUUUGAGGCUUGGCUCACUGAGGUUGAAGGCAGACUCCCAGUCCGAGGGGAACAGGCCCGACGACAGAGUGGAAUGUAUGAAGCACAGAAUACACCAUCAGUCAAUAAUUGUGCGCAAGACCGAGAGAGCAGCCCAGAUGGCAGUUAUACAGAGGAACAGAGUCAGGAGAAUGAGCUGAAGAUGAUGGCCACAGACUUUGAUGAUGAGUUUGAUGAUGAAGAGCCCCUUCCUACCAUAGGAACCUGUAAAGCACUGUAUACAUUUGAAGGUCAGAAUGAAGGAACUAUUUCAAUAUCUGAAGGAGAAAUAUUAUAUGUCAUAGAGGAGGACAAAGGUGAUGGCUGGACACGAAUUCGGAGAAAUGAAGAUGAGGAAGGUUAUGUUCCCACUUCAUACGUCGAGGUCUAUUUGGACAAAAAUGCCAAAGGUGCUAUGACUUACAUUUAAUACCAUUGAAUUUUGUUUUUAGUUGGAGUUUCUCCUUCCCCAUCUGUGACUGUUUCAGGACUGGAUAAAUUCCUCAGUGUGCAUUCUUUUCACAGUUACACAGUGGAUUUAUGCAUUGUACAACUGAGUUUUCAUUGCUUAAAUUUGAUAGUAAGUUUCUCUUAUUGAGAUGAAAUGCCCAUAUGAAGAGCUGCCAAUAUAUACGUGUCCUCAUUUGAGAUAUAAGUAAAUGUCAUUUAUUUUUGUAGUGUCUGUAGAUAACAAGAAAGUUUCAGUCCAGCUUCUAUCGGAAUAUUUCAUUGUAAUCAUAUCUAACUGAAUCAAGCUCAGUUCUUAGGUAUACCUAUUAUGAUGCACUGAUAGCUGAUAAUUAUUUGGGAUUUUAGAGAUUCUUUAUUUUUCUUUUUCACUAGUUUCUCAGAAGACUUAUAUUUUUAAAAAUUGACUUGAAAACGAUAUACUCAUCUUCUGCCUGCACACAGUCAAGAAAUUCACAUUUAUUUUAGUUUUUUAAGAAACAUAAGCAUUUUGCCCAUAUGGGCUCAUUUUUACAAAUCUGAUUUGGAAAACAGAUAGUAAUAUAUGUUUUGUUACUUAAACCUAGCAAAAAUGAUGUGAAUUAGAAUCAUAAAACCAUAGGAUUUUAGAGCUGGAAGGAACCUUAGAAAUUAUCUUGUUUCAUCUACCCAUUUUACAGAUGAGGAAACUUUAGCUCCAGAAUUUAUUGACAUUAUCUUUCACUGAAGUCCUUGUUUUUAUGUAUUAUCAGAGUCUUUCCAGCCAUUAGUGAGCUGAGUUUACAUAUUUCAUAGGCUUCAAAACCAUAUCCAAGAUUCAAGAGCUGCCUACAUGUAGUCUAAUUUUAGACUAAUUUUACCUUUAUAUGUUUUUGAUUAAACCAGAUUUAUUUAACCAAACUAUAACCCCAAAGUUAGAUUGCUAUUUUGAAACCAGAAAAAAUGUUUUAGUGAUUUCUUUUUCAAAAACCUUGGAGAUUUUUUUUCUUUUAUCCCAUUCUUGAUCUAGUAGCCCAUUUUGACUACAAGCAUUUUCAAUUUCAUUAUUAAGGUUUUAUUUAAAUUAUAGCAAGAAAAUACAGUAAUCCUUAAUCCACAAGGUUUUUGUUCCUUUUUAAAUGUGUCACAAAUGCUUCCCCAUGUUACUUAAUAGCUGUGAGUGCUAACUUUAGGUGUCAGUACAGUUUUGCAUUGAAAAAUCCCAGGGUAAAAGGGAACAUUUGUUCAUCACUCAAAUGUUGGGAUUUUUUUUACCUGUUGAAGGCAACAUAAUAAAUACUGAAAAAAGCAUAAAGUGGAUGAAAUCAUUCAUAUUGCACAAUUUAAAAAACUUUAAUGCCCUGUGUUUUCCACAAGACAUUACACACAUUGAUUCAGGAAAUCAUAUCUAUAGGUCUGCAGAGGGGAUAUCUUUAAUUUCCAUAGCCUGACUGUGAUUAUUUUUACAAUAGAUUUUUUAGUACCCAGAACAAGAGAAUGUAUAUAAAGUUGACGGCUCAGUGAAAAUAUUUUGUUAGUUUUGAUGAUUUCUGCAUAUGAAAUAUUUAAAUGAUCCACCAAAUCUCAUCAACAUUAGUUUAUUUAUACACUAUUAUAUAGCCUGAUUAGAGCUACUACUCAUUCCAUAAGUUUCCGCAUGGAAUCUACUUCAUUUUACGUGCAAAGCCCUAUGAAAAUUUCAAUGUUUUAAACUAAAUGAAAGACUACUUCUUAGAAGGCUAUAUCCUGGUAGGAAUUGCUAUUUUUGUCCCAAAUAGGCUUUGCUUUCUUCCAUCAAAAAUGCUCGGUGUUGAAAGGUACAAAAGGAAGCAAAAAGAAAUCUUGCUUACAAAGUUCUACUUCCUUAAUCCUAGCCAAACUCUCAAAACUGCUCAUGCUUUCCAUGGGAUUCUUCCCUCCUAUCUACUACCUGGUUUAUAAAUCUGUCAUACCUCAGCCAACAGUUCUGUAAGUCUGAUUCAUUGAGGAACAACUGCUACUUUCCUGUAUCCAUAACCCAGGAGUAGUGGUUAUGGUUUUUACUGAUGCCAGUGCACUUUUUACAAUGUAGCUAAUUAUUUAAUGCUUGCCAAAAUAUUUAGAAUAUUCUAGCUAACUUUUGGGUAAUAGGAUUGUGACACCUUUUUUCCUUUGUUUAAGGGAUUUUAAAAAAUUAAGUCUUUCUGUUAAAAAUAUGUUGAUAAUUCCCCACAGAAAAUAUUUGUAUAUACUGCAAUUUAAAAACUAAAGGGUUACUUGAA